CGUUAAGAUGGGUGAAAGAGUAAGAUGGUAAGAGUGAAAGAUGAGAGAGAGAGAGAGAGAGAGAGCGAGGAACAGUGAGAGGUAAGUGUAGUGGAGGGUUGCAAAGAUGUCUGAUCGAACAUUUAAACGAACUCCACGGCGGACGGUAGACGGACUGGUAACGGAUCGACAGGCACAACCCGAGAGGGUGACUGGCGCACCGCACGGAGGGCAGAAUAACAGUGAAUGGAACCUGCCGGCCCCCCUUCGUUCUACUGCUCGGGUUGGCGGUGAUGGGCGGCCAGAGACGUCGUAUCCAACAAGAACAGCAGUGGGAAGAACAACAACAAAGUGGGGAGGGCAGGCGGGAGAGAGAAGGGCGAUGGCGACACCGGCCAGCAGCCAAUGGGUCACUGAACAGAAGGUUGGUCGAUGUGUCUUGGUGUCUUGGAUGAGAGGCGGAGUGAGAAGCAAGGUAGUGGGCAAGGUGAGGAGCGGGAACGACCGAAGGUUGUCUUCUAGGUUGUCUUCUAGGUUGUCUUCAACGUCGCACAGGCGAUGGGGCGACACGCGGGAAUACCAAGGGCUGGUUCAUCUGGUCUAGUUCAGUCCAGGCUCGAUGCUCCAAUCCACUCCCAUUCACUUGGGGGCCGAAAGCUCGUGUUGAUGGAUGGAUGGAUUCGGGAGGGGGGAAGAGCCCGCGUUGCCUCGUAGUUGGUUGAGAAGGCUUAUUGGGGAAUUGCAGGGGAUAGAGAGAAAGACAAGAUAGUGAGAGAGCGUAUGAGAGGAAUGAAACCUCAGCUUGACCGAUAGAUGAGAGUUGAGCGCAUGCAACGAUGAAAGUGUACGGCAGGUAGAGACUUCUCAGAGGCCAGAGGUACGCUAUGCGCUUGAGACAACAGCCACAGGUGGCAAUUGAAUAGGAGCAAGUUAGGAGAGACGAUGUGCUGUGCUGAAACACUGGGACACGCUGGAAGACGCCCAGGAUUGGUAAGGUAGCCAGCCCAAUGGAUUGAGCUAAGGUAGAUAGGUGUCU